AACAAACAGAAAAGAGUAUAAAACACUGCCGUGCCUCUGCUAAUGUAUUUUCAUACAAUUUCUACUUGGUGAUUUGAGGACGUUUGGUGUCAUGUUUGUGUAUAAGGUGACUGUGUGUCUGCUGGCCCUGCUGCUGGUCUGUUCUGCAGAGGAGGACCCGCUUGCUGAUCUGUCUGUGGGAGAGCGGCUCGAGAGAGUGAACAGUAUCAACAAUCGUGGUGUAGAUGAACCCGAGCUGAUUGAAGGAGACAUUGCGGUUUAUGAUGACAACGGGAGAAACGCUGAUCCCUGCACGUCCCGUGAUUGCAUGUGGCCAAAGUCGAGUGAUGGCAAAGUCUAUGUACCCUAUGUCAUCGCCAAUCACUACACCGAUCGCGAGCGGCAGAUUAUCCAGCGAGGCCUGGAAUCUUUCUCCUCCAUCACCUGUAUCCGUUUUACUCCACGCUCCAAUGAGAGGGAUUAUAUCAGCAUUGAGUCUCUCACUGGAUGCUACUCUUAUAUUGGACGCACCGGUAAAGCACAGACGUUGUCCCUGGCUCGUAGCGGCUGCAUCUACCAUGAUACCGUCCAGCAUGAGCUUCUUCAUGCUCUGGGCUUUAAUCACGAACAGACCCGCAGCGAUCGAGACAGCUACAUCCGUGUUGCCUGGGAGAACAUUAUUGAGGGCAAAGAACACAAUUUCAACAAGAAGGCCACUCUGAACCAGGGUACAUCUUACGACUACAACUCCGUCAUGCAAUACCACAAAACUGCUUUCUCUAAGAAUGGCCAGCCCACCAUGAUCCCCAUCCCUGACCCCAAUGUACCCUUCGGAACGGCGAGUGAGAUGAGCCAAACUGACAUCCUCAGACUCAACAGACUCUACCAGUGCUAAACUGCUGAGCGCUGCAGAUGGGCAAUCAUUCAGGUGGCCUCGGACUGGAUAACUUCAGGAUAAUAAUAAAUGGAAACUAAUAAAACUGGAUGAUAAUAAAUUCACUCAUUUGUUGCACUCAAUACAAAAGUCAACACAAGUUUCUCAAAAUCAGUUGUUUAAAAAAUUGUUGUUGUUGUUCAGUGCAAAGCUAUGCUAUGUACACAACCCCUUUGUUUUACGUAGGUACUCAUGCGAUAUACCUUUGGAAAGCUAAGAUUCUUGUGAUUCGAUUGAUUAUAAACAGUUUCAAGAUACAAUCAAAACAGCAUCUACAUUCAACGUCGCUGUCAGACCACCGACAUACAAACAAACACUUACAAAACUGAGGUAACUCACUUAUGAAGCCUCAUAGUAGUCCACUGAUCCAUAACAUCCUGUCAAAAACAGUCUUGUUACACUGGCAAAGGUCUAAACAAUCCAAUUAUAUAAAAAUAUUUAGUCCGAAACACACAAAAAAAAUCUGUAAAUACCCACGGACUGUUGCUGCGUCAUUUCAAAUUACUGGCAGAUAUGCCUAAUCUUUCAAUUUUCUCCAUUAUAACUUCUGUUUGCUUGUGAAUAUCCCUAAUUGCUUCAUUUCAAAAUGGCCACUGAGCUCUGCCCUU